AUGCGCCAUCCGCCGCCGGUUCCACCACUUCGACCACCCCAGCGUCUUAUGCCGGCACCGAAUGAUGGGGGUGUUUUUUUUGGGGGUCGUGAUUACGCUCGUCGCCAACAACCGCCGCUCAAUUAUGCGCCACAGAAAUCUUUGAUUCCGUCAGGUAAUCAACCACCACAGCAAUGGCAAAAUAAUUCCAACUAUCGUCCGGGUCCUGUGCCAUUACUACGUCCUAAUGGACCAUGGCAUCCACAUGGUAAUGCAUACCAACAAUCGCCUGCUCAACCUCCGCCGUUGCUCCCCACACAUCAACAGUUCAAUCCAAAUGCACAAACUCCAAUAACAUACGUGCCAUCACAUCCAACAAAUUAUGAACUAAUGCGCCUUGCUAAUUCAGAUCAAAUUCCAUUUCUUGAACCUCUUGAAGAUGAAGAUAAUCUUGUUCGAUCACAUCUUUCGUCGAAUAGUAACAAUGAUGAAUCUCUCUUGAUAAAUUCAACAUCCUCUCCAUCCAAAUCGAAUAAACGUCGACAGCAGCAGCAGCAGCAGCAACAACAACAACAGCAGCUUGAAAAUAAUCGAAAUAUGAUAUCCUAUCAAGAUCUCGAUCGGCCCGAAGAGCAACGUGAUUCAUCGUUUAACAAUCGUCUUGUUCCUAAAUCAAACAAAACGAAUCAUUUACCAUCUGAUAAAACAAAUAAUCAAAUUCUAGUGAAAUCAUCAAGUGAUAACGAUCAUGCACUCAAGUUAGAACUUGAUCGAAUUAAAAAGGCGGGUGCGCAGGAACGAGAGAAACUGAAGGCACAACGACAAGCAGCUGCAGAGAAGGAAAAAGAAGCACAAACAAAAAGAAACAGUGCCAAAACCGGUGAUAAAGAGAAACGUGAAGAUGGUGAACUCGGUGAUAGUUCUGAUGACGACAAUAUGAAAUCAACACCACCUGUAGAGCCGAAACGACUGAAGAAAAUCGUAGAAAAUCUUGCUUCGACUCCUUCAAAGCCCGCUCUGUCACAUCGUUCAAAAACGCCGCCUUCGGAAAGUAUUCUCGACAUGAGUGUGAUGAAAUUGAUACGUCCAAUGAAAUUCUUUCAUAUCGAUGACGAGAAAAAUAGUUCCUAUCGAGAAUAUUUAACCACUAAUUUCAGUCGUGUACGUGUGCAUUGUCAUAAACCGCAACCGAACUUCUUCUCCAAUCUAAGUUGCAUCGAAGAAAUCAAACGUCGUUUACGGUUAAAUGCUAAUACAACAUCGUCGAUUCUAUUUCGACGUUUAAUCGAUGACAAUGACGACGACCUACUGUGGACUUUACAGACAAAUGUGGAAACCGAAGAUGGAGAAAUUGAAAGCGACGAGGAAAAUACGAUGGAUUUGAAUGGAAAGAUAUCUAAGCAUGCAUUAUCUGACGAUGAUAAUGAUAAACAUCUAAAAAAGAAAUCGAAACUGUUCGAUGAAGGAAUGAAUGACUUGACAAAAUCGUCUUUAAAUGAAAAACCAUGGAUAACCAAUGAGCUGCGGCAGUUGAUAAAACAAAAGAAUAAAUUGCAUGCACAAAUAGCUAGUGGUGAUACGAAUGCUGCGAUUGAGAAGAAAUAUAAGAAAAUACGAAAUAAAAUAUCAAAACUGGUGAAGACAUUGAAAGCCAAAUAUGAAAAUUCUAUUUCGGGCCGUUCAGAACCACUACUAAUACCACCUCUACUGUCUCAAUCACAAUCAUCGAAUAAUUCAUCGUCAUCUACAGCAGCGGCUGCUGCUGCUAAUCAUCCCUUGUCGAGAAUCCUCGAUCCUAAUCUUGUUAUGGCUAUGCUUGUCGAUCCAAGUUUGUAUUCCCGGGUUCAGCAACAAGUACUCUCCAAUCCAAAUUUCGUGCAAGCAUAUCAGCACAUGUUUGCAGAAAGCACAUCGGACACUUCCUUACCGCCUAAAGUUGCUAGUGAAACUCAAGUGGUUCCAUCAACUAAUCCAACACUCGAUAGUUUAAUUAAACAAACGACAAAGACGAGUACAACUGUACCAAAAACUACGAAAGAUACACUGAAUCUUGCAUCGUCGACAAGAUCUCGUCCAGUAUUAACUCAAGCGACAAAGCCAAUUCAGUUAACUUCACUGGAGGGUGAACUCGAAAGUGAUCAACAAAAUAAAGCUAGAACACGUUUGACAUCAGCUGAACCAACUCUAACAGAUAGUCAACAACAAGAUAUCGCUUUAACACAAGAAUUAAUUCGUCGUCAGUUAGCAUUAACACAGCAACAGCGGAAUCAACGAAAUCAACACUCAACUAGUCAACCAUCUCUCUCGGCGCCCUUGAGUCGUCACAUACCAUUGACGACCGAACAAAUGCAAGAAGUGUUAACACGUGCAAAGAAUUAUGUUACACGACAACAGAGUGAUGAAACUACCGAUGCGAACAAUGGUCAACCACGUUUAUCCUACAAUACUCGACGUUUACAAGCUGCAAUUGCUGCAUCAGUUUCAUCUGCAACGCCUCAGACAGCACAUACAAUUGGACAAGCAGCAGCUGCUGCAAUUGCAGCUGUUUCUGCACGACCAACAUCUGGAACAGCACCGACACCAUUAUCUAAUCCAGCUGUUCCACCUAUUUCUCCGCAUCGACAGCAACAGCAACAGCAACAACAACAACAACAACAACCACCGCCGUCGCAGCAGCAACAGCAACAGCAUCCGAUUCGUAUUCAACUCGAUCAGAAAUCGAAAACAUUGUCGUCGAUUAGUAAUAAUCAAUCCUCACCGAUUCCAACUAUCAAUCAACAAAAACUAAUGUCUCUUGUUGAUAUUAAUCCAUCACCGCCUCCACAUAUGUAUUCGAAUACACCAAAUUGGCAACGUCCUCCUCAUGUACCUAUGUCACAUUAUCCUGGACAUCCACAUCAACAACCAUAUCCACCAUACGACAAUCCUCAUCAGCCACCACCUUAUUAUGGUCCACGAACAAAUUAUCCACAUGAACCACGGCCAUUGUUACCGUCGUAUGGACCUCAUCCACCUCGACAUCCUGGUCAACCACCACGAUUCAAUGGUCCGUUGCCUCCGCCAGGUCCUUACGGUUAUGGUCAUCCACCGCAGAACUAUGGACCACCACCACCACCUCAUCCUCACUAUGGUCAUCAUUAUCCUCCACCUUGA